GUCUUCGUCCUUUAAUUAAUUCCGAAUAGAAGGCAGAAAAAGGAUCGUUGAUGCGAUGCAGCAGCUUCCGGUAAUAAUUUAUAUUAGUCAUCAUCCUCAAUAAUGUCGGCGGAUUUCUCCGUCGCUUGACCAUUCUUGCUCAAAACUCUUUAGCUCUUUUAAAGUUUUUUCCUCACUCCUCUGUAACUCGGGUUCAAUGAGUGGUCUAUUGCAUAAGGCAUGAAUCACUCAGUCCCUGAAUCUGUGGAAAACAACGGUAACUCAGUUCCUGCUGAUUAUCCUGAGGUUAUGAAUCACAGAUCGCCUGAAAAUGCAGAAUCGAUGGAAAACGUGAGUGUAGUAGUGCCCAAUGAUGAUGAUGAUGAUGAUCAUGAGGAGGGUACUGGAUCACCUCAACAAUCGAACAAGGUUGAUGGAUUAAGGGUUGAAUCUCCGGGUGGAUCAGUGCAUUCGACGAGAAAAGGUUUCGGAUUGAAGAAAUGGAGAAGGAUCAAAAGAGAUGGUCCCGUCAAGGAAGAAGCUUCACCUGUUGAUGAAGGUGGUAAAUUGCUGAAGCGUGGUUUGACUGGUUUGGUGAAUCCGCCUUGUAAACAUGUAGACUUGUCUUCAGUUGAAGCUAGGCAGAGUAGUGAAGGCUCUGUUGGAUCUGUGAAUAUGGUCCAUCAUCAUCAUCAUCAUCAUCAUCAUCAUCAUCCUAGUAUAGCCAACGGGUUUAGUCUCGAUCCAGGUUUUAUGUUUACUGUUGGCCAAGCUUUUGAGAAGAGUGAAGAGCAUAGUGGUAAUCCCAAAAAUGCAAAGAAUGUAGGAGGUGGCCAAGGGAAGAUGUGGAGAGAUACCAUCACGAAUCCGAGUGAAGAACUAGUGAAAAACGACAAGGAAAGGCGUUGUUCCAGCAUGGAUUCCGACUUGAGAAGUAGUGAUUUUGUGUUUUCUAGUGGCUCAGUUUCUGUUUCCAACCACGGAGAGAAAGAUGAGAGACUGAUGAUGAAUCAUGUUGGGGAAUAUAGCAAAGAAGGUCAGGUUUUGGAGCAAGUCCAAACAUAUAGCAGAAGCAAAAACGGGGAAAAGGAAGAAGAAGGAGAUGAGAGUAAGAAAAGCAACCACAAGGAUCAAAUUGCAGAUUCUAUCAGAAAUCUUGCAGCUCUGCAGGAAGCUCUUUGGAAAGAGGUUCAAAGUUUCCAGGAGCUUGGUAAGGAAUCAAUACCACUACAUUCGAACAUCGAGGAAUUGAGUUCAUUGAACUCAACAUCCUCAGGAUCACAUGCAUUAAUCUUAAAGAAGAAGGUAAAACAUCUCGAACACAAACUAGAGGAAGCAAGGACCAUUCUCGAGGCAAAGGAAGCCAGGAUCCAAGAACUUGAAAACUCAAAGAUUGAAUCUGAACUCGAGGGCAUUUUCCAGAGAAAGAUCGAAGCUGAAAUCGAGCAUUUGAUGAUCAGAAGAUCUCUGGAUUUAUCACUACAAGUACUCAAACAACCGAAGAAGUUACAUUCUUUGACAGAAGAUGCUGAACCCAAACGUGGAAACAUGUUAGGCAAAACAUGCAAGUUCAGUUUCUAUUUCUUGACACAGUUGAUCUUGCUCGUCUCCAUACUUCGGUUUCUCGUUCUCCAAUUCUCUCCUCCUUCACGAUUAGUUAUACCAACUUGAAAAAUCCGUAGAUCGUUGUUCAUGUUGUGUUAACAUACAUUUUUUGUUUUCUUCAGAUUUUCCUUUAUUGUUGUAAUAAUAAAUCUUUCUCAAGGAUUCUUUCUUUUUUUUUAUCUACAGAAAACUUGCGAUUCUGAUAAAAUAAGUUAAGAAAUGAAUGUGAAUGAGAUU